CUAAAAUUCAGUAUACUUUGAGACUUCAAGUAGUAAACAUCGUGUUAAAUAAGAAUAAAUAAAUCGAAAAUGUCAGGCAAAGGAGGAAAAGUUCGUUCAAAAGCAAAGAGUCGAUCAAUGAGAGCAGGAUUGGCAUUUCCUGUUGGUCGAAUUCAUCGUUUGUUGAAGAAGGGCAAUUAUUCUGAACGUGUUGGUGCUGGUGCUCCUGUCUAUCUUGCUGCUGUAUUGGAAUAUUUGACAGCAGAAAUCUUGGAAUUGGCAGGAAAUGCAGCACGUGAUAACAAGAAAUCUAGAAUCAUCCCACGUCAUCUUCAGUUGGCUAUUAAGAAUGACGAAGAAUUGAAUAAGUUGUUGACUGGAGUUACAAUCUCGCAAGGAGGUGUCUUGCCAAACAUCCAUUCAGUUUUGUUGCCCAAGAAGACUACAAAACGUAACAAUGAUGAAUAAUUGAGGAACAUUGAUUAUCAAAACUAUAAUAAAGACGUAGCAUUUAAGACAUUUAGUAAUUUUUGAAGAGAAAUAAAAAAUAAGGUCGUUAUAUAAAGAAUAAAAAAAGCGUGGUGUAAAUAUGGUUUUAAGCAAGCCCGUAUCGCUAGACAUUGACUGGAAGAUUCAUAAUGUGGAAAAGGAACGUCUAAAUGAAGGAAAAUCAGUGUCAUCGAAUGUCUUUGAGAUAACUUUCGACGAAAGAGAUACAAAAUGGUAUUUCAUUGCAAGAGUUGAAGAUUCUAAUCUUGGAGUUUAUCUUCACAUGCAAGAACCAAGAACUACUGGAUUUUCAACAAAAUGUGAAAUUUUCGUUCGUACUUUAAUUAAUGAAAAGGAGAAGAUUUGUCAAUUUGAAAGAGAUUACAGUACAUUUGAAGGUGGACGAGGAUGGAAGAAUUUGAUUUCAGUUUCUGAAUUGACCGAAAAAUCAUCUAAAUACAUUAAAAAUGGAACUUUAAGAAUCGGAGCAAAGAUUGAGCUCAUAAAAGCUGAUGACAAUGACAAUAAACCAUCAACAAGUGCCUGUGAGCAUAAUUCAAUAUUUGAGCAUUUCUACAACUCAAAAAUCUUCAGUGACUUAACAAUCGUCUGUUCUGACAAUAUUGAGAUUCAGGCACAUCGAUUUGCUCUUGUUUUUUGCUCACCUGUCAUGAAAAAAAUGGCAGAAGUAGACUUCAGUAGCAUAAUAAAGGUUGAAGACAUCGAUAGUGUUGCAAUGACUGAGAUUUUACGGUACAUUUAUAUUAAAGCUGUUAAUGGCAUCGAUAAAUUGGCACCAAAAUUAAUUUAUGGAGCUGUAAAGUAUGAACUAAAUGGAUUAAAGGAGCUUUGUAUAACUGCAAUGACCGAUAAUUUGUCUAUUGAGAAUGCUGUUGAUUCUUUCUUGCUGGCUGAUCAAUAUGAUGCUAAAGAAUUGCUUGAUCGUAGCAUUGAGUUCAUAAAAGAAAAUCAUCAAUUAUUGAUUGAAAAUGCAGAGGAUUGGGACAAGUUAAAAAAGAAGCAUUUAAAUAUGCUUUUAGGACAUUAUAAGCAGAAACCGGAAAAAGUUUUGAUACUCGUUUCAUCAUUCCAUAAGUUUUAAAGUUCAGCUCAAGUUUCUUUUUUGUUAAGCUUUCAAUCAAUGUAAAUUUACAUUCUAUUCAGUCACAAUAAAACUUAAAAUUU